AUGAGUUGUAGCCGUUGCCUCACCCGGCGUCUAUCAUGUGUCUAUCCACAACCAUCUGCGAAGACGACAUCAACGACGAACGCUUGCUCCGAUCCCCGGGUAGGUGAUCCGCCGACACCAUUUUCCAUCACCAUUCCAGUGGGCGGCUCGACCGAUUAUGCUGAAAAGGGCCUCGCUGGUGGUGUGUCGGAGGUGACAGCCGGCGAGUUGAUUUGUCCCAUAAAUGCAGACGAUAUUAGCAUGCGCUGGAUGAAGGCCUAUGUGCCAACACCCGGUCAGAAAGUCAAGGCGUAUCAGCCGUCAACAAUUUCAUUUCUCUACCGCUCGCUGAAGGCAUAUUCGGGGAUGGCCAUCCAUGGUAGCGGUAUCCCGCCGUUUAUCCACCCGGCACAGCUGAGCGCGAGCAACAAUCUUAUGACGCCAGCGGCGGCAAAUUACGUUCGCAUAUCUUCAGCAGCGCUCACGACGUGCCUAGAUCUGGUGCGCACCUGUGACAUGACAGUUGCAGGCCCAACUGAGGCUGCUGCAGCCAUGAUAAAGCGCGAGAUGGACCGGAUCUACGCGGACGCGCAGCAGCAGACCCUGACCCGCACCGCUAUCGACCACUGGGCGUCACUCGCCGCUUUCCAGGCAUACCUGCUCUAUGCCCUUGUGCUGUUUUUUCAGCUCGAUCACCAGGGCGACCCGUUUCUGAGCCAAGCAAUUAUGGCCCUGCAGGACAUUGCAUGCACCAGUUCCCAGCACGGACUCGUGUGCAAGGCCGAGCACGACGUUGCAUGUCCACGCUGGGCCGCUUGGGUUGUCGCCGAGGCCAAGCGGCGGACACUCUACGUUGUGUAUUUGUUUGACAGCGUGCUCUCGACGCACGACGGGCUGCCCACGUACCUUGGUACAGAAUUGCGCGGUCUGCCGGCGCCUAGUAGCAAGGCACUGUGGCAGGUGUCGACGGUGGCAGACUGGGACCGAGCUUAUCGGCACCACCUCGACAUAUGGACGGAAACGGGGGAUACUAACAUGAAUUACGCUGGCCUGCGUAUUGACGAGCUGUGGCCAUAUACAGAUCCUCAAGACGCGCCUGGGCUUGCACGUCGGCGACGACGAGUUGACCAAUGGCUGGAAAGCGUUGAUGAAUACGGCACUAUGAUGGCUUUCCAGAGCCUUGCAAACCGCUUUAGAUGCGUAAUUAUUGUCAUGGACGAACCUGUACGCCAUGAAUCGUUACCGACUGCCACUUCGGCUCCAGAUGCUACAGCUUCGUCGCCGACCGAAAGCAAUUGCAUCGAAGAGCCAUACAGCAUCUUUGACAACCGCCAACGGGCACUGAUUGUGUUCCUCGUCUCUAUCGCCGCAACUUUCUCUGGCUUUGCGUCCAACAUCUACUUCCCGGCGCUGCCCACCAUCGCGGCCGACUUCAACGUCUCGUCUGAGCUCAUCAACUUGACCGUGACGACUUAUCUCAUCCUACAGGGGUUGGCACCCAGUCUCUGGGGUCCCAUCUCCGAUGCUCGCGGACGCCGUGUCGCCUACAUCGGCACCUUUUGCAUCUUUCUAGCCGCCUGCAUUGGCCUCGCCCUCAGCCGCACCUACGCUGCCCUCAUUGUCCUGCGCGGCUUGCAGAGCGCCGGCAGCGCGAGCACAAUUGCCGUGGGCUCCGGUGUUGUCGGCGAUGUCAGUACGCGCGCCAACCGAGGUGGCCUGAUGGCCGUGUUUCAGGCUGGAAUGCUUGUGCCGGUUGCCGUUGGACCCAUUAUCGGCGGCGUUUUGGCCGGGUCGUCGUUGGGGUGGCGGUCUAUUUUUUGGUUUCUCGCCAUCUACAGCGUUCUGCUCCCCGAGACGCUGCGAGCCCUCGUCGGAAACGGUGGACGCAACCCGCAAACACUCGGCCCCUUUGCGCGGUAUCCCCUUCGGCUCUACCAAAAGUACACAAAGGUGCCGUUCACGCCCGCAGCGGCCCUGGCAUCCGACGGGAGCAGCAGCAACCGCAAAAAGGUUGACGUCUUGGCCCCGCUGCGCAUUCUCUUCAGCAAGCAGGCGGGCCCCGUCGUCCUCUUUUUGGCGACGUACUAUGCUGGCUGGCAAAUGUGCAUCACGGCAAUGUCCACACUCUUUGCUUCAGAGUACGAUCUCUCCGAAACACAAAUUGGUCUAACGUUUAUUUCCAACGGUAUUGGCUCGAUCGUCGGCACUCUUAUUGCCGGGAAGCUGUUGGACAUGGACUACCGGCGCGUCAAGAACGCGGCCGUCGCUGCAGAAGACGGGCCCGAGGGAGGAACCGCCGACUCCCAUGUUUCCCUGGAAAAGGCCCGGCUGCGCUUGCUGCCCAUAUUUGCCGCCAUCCAGUGCGGCUCCCUGCUCAUGUUCGGCUGGACCAUUGACCGCCACGUUCAUAUUGCCGCGCCCAUAGUGUCAACUUUUAUCACCGGCUGGGCCGCCAUCACCACGCAGACGGCCGUUUCCACGUACCUUGUCGACAUCUUUCACGCCGGGCAUCGCGCAGCAGCAGCCGGGGCCAGCAUCAAUCUUGCCCGCUGCCUGCUUGCGGCCGGCGGCACGACUUUUAUCAUGCCGCUGAUCAACCGCAUUGGCGCGGGCUUGGCGUUUACCGUGUGUGCCAGCCUGCAGUUCGUGGCACUGGCUGGACUUGCUGUGCAGUGGCAGUAUGGCGCUGCUUGGCGGGAGGAAGCAAUACAGAAGCAAAAGAAGGACGAAGACGGCCAGGAUCGUCAAAAGGCCCCCGCAAGGACAAUCUAG